AUGGCCAAGAUGGACGUCGAAGCAACGCUCAACAGGCUUGGCGGCUUCGGAAGAUCGCAUUUGUUGAUAGUUGCGCUGUGCUAUCUCACCGCCUUCUUCACAGGCAUGCCCGUGGUGCAGGAUCCGUUCGUGAACUACACUCCUGCCCAUAGAUGUUACGUGCCGUCAUGCGACUCCUCGAACACGACUUACGAAGACGACUUCCUCAACUUCACCACUCCUUCAGAAGACAACGAGUGGGACAAAUGUGAAUACCACUCCCCACUCACCAACGAGACGAGUGCCUAUAAUUAUGCAUCAAGACCCAUCCAAAUACUGGCGUCUCUAUGGCGGGACGAGGAGGACGAGGCGCGGUCUGGGGGCGCGACGUGCGAGGCCGACCACUUCGCUGUUGCUGACGUGCGAAGCUGCGACCACGGCUGGGUGUACGACCACGAGCUCUUCCAGUCCUCCACUACUAUGGACUUUGACUUGGUGUGCGACAAGUCCUUCCUGACAUCCAUGACGACGUCCGCCUUCAACGCCGGCAUGAUGCUGGGGGCCAUCACCAGCGGCGUCAUGGCGGACAGGCUUGGCAGGAGGUUGUCGUACAUGUUGUCGCUGGUGCUGCUGGUGACGGGGAGCUCGCUGGGAGCUGCCUCCACAAGCCCCGUGAUGCUCAUCCUAUUGAGGCUACUCGCAGGCUUCGGCGACGCCGCCACCUACCAAAUUAUAUUCGUUCUCUGUGCUGAAUACAUGCCUCAGCAGCACCGUAGCGUCGUCGGGCUGCUGAUCAACGUAAGCUUCGCUCUGGGCGAGGCGGCCGUCGGCGUCUACGCCAUCUUCAUCCGGCGCUGGCGGAUGCUGCAGCUCACCAUAUCCCUGCCUAUGUUUGUUCUGGGCAUCAGCUACUGGGCUGCGCCGGAGAGCGCGCGUUGGCUGAUCACUCAAGGGCGUGAGCAGGAAGCUGAGAUCAUCGUGCGAAAAAUGGCCAAGUUCAACAAAACGUCCAAUUUUGAAAUCAUCUACCUGUAUUACCACCGCUCACUCUCCUGCGACGACAAUUUCAUGCCAGAUCAAAGCCUUCGUAUGGACUAA